GUCCUGUUGCUUGAAUGAUUCAUGCGAUCUACGUGUUUCCGAUUACCUUUCUAACGCCAUGCGUUGCUUCUGCUGCUGGCUAUUUGUGGUGGGUGCAGUUGCUUCGCGGCUGAAUGCCCGGGAGGUCCUUGCAAAGCCCAAAGGCUCCCACCUCUGCGUCGAGGGCAUGCAUAUACAGCUGGACAGGCGGUUGUCAGACAGGCACAUUGUGAACCCAGAGUGCAUGGGAGGCGCAGCUGAUUUUGACUGCACGGAGGAGUCGCACCAUUUUGUGGCCUCCCGAGCUAUGAAAGAAGGUGAGUCUCAGAGUGGCCUUUGCAAGGACCUGGUCAGAAGCCCCCCACUGUUUGCUCUACUCAGCGACAGGAUUUGGGACCUGGACGAUGGCAGCCCCUUGGAGUUUUUGCAUGGCUCGAUCGAAGUGCGCUGCGAGGCAAAUCCCGGCGGCACGCCUCUGAAGGUGGUGAAGUACUCCUGCCGAGAAUUCCUACCGUUUGGGACCAUACUGAAACAUGACAGGAGCGAUUUGAAGCCCCCCUCGCUGGGUCCGGGGCUGAAGUUCGAGUACGCGGAGUUCGAGUGCAGCAACCCGCUGGAGGGAUCCAGCGCCAACUUGUUGCACUCCGGGCCUGUGCACUCCCUGAGCGAGUUCGCCUCGCUUCGGGAGGCCCGCGAAGCCUGCGAGGUGGAUUUUCGGUGCAGAGCCAUCGCUGCCGACAAAAGCACGGCGAUAAGGCGGUUUCACCUUAUGGACGCCUUCGCCUGUGGGUGGGUGCCAAGAGCUUCGAGUCUCAACGUCUUCCGCGCAAAUGAGCGGGUGAGUUUGCGGCUGGUGGCACAGGGCCAGAUUUUGGAUGGCAAAGAUGAGGCGGACGUCUCAGCAAAAGACCUGGAAGGCCAGGUCCUGGAAGACUGGCACUUGCAGAACGCGGACACCAAGAGCCACGUGCUGGUGCAGUUCCCGGACCGGGUGGCCCACGUCCUUCCGGAGCACUUGGAGAAGCCCACGGACUCCUGGGCGGUGCUGCGGAAGGUUCGGGAGCGCAAGGUGAUCUGCCAGGACAUGACGGUGGGCACCAGCUGCGACGUCUACAGCAAGUCCCAGGCAGAGCUUCUGAUCGGCGUGCCCACGGUUUACUUGUGCCAGCAGGCGUGCCUGCGGAAAAUGCAGAACAGCUCAUACACCCGGAGGUGCUGUGUAUUCUCCGACGGUUCAUGUUUCAUCACCACAGGGGAGCACUUUUCGCAGAAGGAGGUGUCUUGGACCAGUGACGAGAGCGUCGAGAAGGACUGGGCAGCCGCGUGCUACCAGGAGUCUUGCUCCAUGGAUCCUCACUGCGCCUUUGGGAAAGAAAAGCUGAUGGCGUCGGCGCACACCUUGGAAGGCUUUCUAUCCGGGACCACCUUGUUCUUCGACUUCGCCCACCCUCUGAGCCUGGGAAGUACCUCCACAGGACACAACGUGUACCACUUCACCGACGCGCAGACGGGCGUGGAGGCCGCUUUGCGCGACCCCGCGCGGCAAGUGCGGGUCGUGGGCCACGUGCCCACGGCGAUCCAGAGUGGGGUCCCCGCGGGAUCCCAUACCGUCAGCUUCCGGGCACAUGAGCCCAGCUCGGUCAAGGCCUUUGAGAAUGUCUUGAACGCGAAAUGCAACCAGUUCGGCAUGCGGAUCGGCCGGAACCUCUCCGCGCCCAACCUACGAGAGGCUCUGGCCUCCGGUCACUGCGACGAGCCCCACGGGCCCUUCGAGACCUGCUUGGUGCAGGCGGGCUGUGAGUCUGCAGGUCUUCUUCCCUUCGCGCCACCUUACUUCGCUCAGCUCCCGUACGACAUCCUGGCCUGGCAGGCUGCCGCACCCUUCUGCUGCGGCUCCGCCUACACGGUGGACCAACGCCAGGAGUUCAUGCUGAGCAUGCUCAUGAACACCGCGGGCGUGAAAGAGGUGGACCUGGCUGGGGUGGACGACCCCACCGCCAAGAAGAACAUGCUGGACUCGCUUCAUCGCGGCUCGUCUGCUCUGAAGAGCAUGCUGCUGCACCACGUCGAAGACGACGAGACCUUGAUCUGGCUGGGUGACAUGGUUCGUGCAGCCCUCGCAGAGUUCAAAACCAUCCUGGACGACCUGCAGGAAACGGUGAACAGUGAAGGUGGAGGCUCGGAUGACAUCGAGAUCUCCCGGGACGGUGAAUCAGUGCUUCAGGUGUCCGAGGAGGGCGACCACGUGGCGCCCUCCGGGCGCCGAGCAAAGCGAGUUGCCCAAUGGUCCCAGGAGAAGGGCGCCUUCAUCCAGGCGGACCCGGACUCCAAUUGGGCCAAGGCCUGGGCCGUUAUCAGCUCCGUGCCUGGGGCGGUGUUCCAGUACGGCUUGAAGCCCUUGUGGAACUACGUGGCCAAGCCAUUAGUGCGAUGGGGACUCUCCCUGAUGAAGUGGAUCCUGGAGCACCCGAGGGCUGCUCUCUUCAUCUCCAAGUUCGGGCUGCUGAUCCGCGAACGCAUGUGCGAGAAGGUGAGUUGGUAUGUUUACGGGGACCCUGCCGUCUCUGCCGUCGGCGCCUUCGCCUAUGCUGCCGAGUCAGCCGAUAAGAUGAAGACGUACCUGCAGAAAACCUUCUCGCCCGCCGUGAUGCUCACGCAGCUGCAGGCGGUCUUGUCUUCCAGCAGCUUCAUGGAUACCAUUGUGGACAUCGGGAAGUUCAGCUACUCGCUGAUCCUGUCAUGGACAGGGUUGGCAGGCGGGGGCGCGGCCGCGGUGCUGCUGACGACCAUGGCCUCGAUCUUCGCGGAGGCCUCGGUGGAGGCGGGGCGCCGGGCGGUGGAGCUCUUGGUGUACCAGGAGAUCGCUAAGGAGGUGCCCUCCAACCUGUUUGACAUGUUGACCAACAAAUGCCUCUACAAGCGGGCGGACAGGCACAAGAUCACGCUGGCCGAAACGAAGAAGGAGAUUCUCAGCACGGGGAAGGAGGCAGUGGCCGAGAUCACGCAGAGCGUGGUUCACUCUGGGCAGGCGUUGACCCACGAAAUGGGCAGAUGGGCCGGGCUCAUGAAGUCUCUGAAGGCCCACGCGGCCGAGGGAGCCGAACCCCUUGGGUGAAGAUCGCUUACCAGACGCCUGGUUCGUUCCGAACCGAGGUGUGCUUCCCAAAAGCCUUCCUUUUCUCAGCGAGGUGUGCUGAACCGUGGGUUAAAUACGGAAACCCAACCACCAAGCAAGCU